UUGAAAAAGCCACAAGUUGCUAGUGUAGUGUACUGUACAACAAGCCUCCUUACAGCUGGCUUGUCUUCGUCUCCAGGAAGUCGCAUGAAAGCUGUUCCGAGAAAAAUGGCUGCAAUAUGCUACAUGUAAUCCUUCAAGAUUUUCAGACGCGUCGCUUGGAAAGUCGCAUGGUGUUCGCCACAGUUGAAGAGUCGAAUGGGAUUUUUGUGAGCGUGUGUGAUCGCUGGUGAGCUGUAGGCCCUUCAGUGAUGCCUCGGAUCGUCGUGAGAUCCUGAGCCGAUCAGAGCUCCGCUUCACACAGCUGGACGCUCGACGUACUCCGGGAUGUUCUAUCUCUGCGCUUAAUCCUGCGUGAACAUAAACGUCAGAGAAAAGUAACCCAGUAAACCUGGCCACUGAGUUUAUGAACAGUCUGGAGAGAGAAUCAUGCUGCCUCCGUCAAGAAGGGAUUUUGUAUCUCUGACUCUCAGCGAAAGUGGCAGCUACACCGACAGCAAGCAGUGGCACCGGCAGUCCUGCUGGAGGAAAUGGAAACAGCUGUCCAGAUUGCAGCGCAGCUUGAUCCUGUUUACACUCAUGCUGUUGUUGGUUUGUGGAAUUGCCACAUCUCCCACUCUCAUAGGGCACUGGAGAGAUGGUGUGGUAGGAGAGCACGGGUUCGAUGGAAAACAGCCAUUUGUUGUCAACCUGAAAAAUGAGUACAAGUCCAUUCUUCCUGAGCCGCCCUCUGAGAAAAAGGACUACCGUAGACGUGGAUUGCCUGUCUUGCAGAACCGUUUGCAAACCAAAACAAAUGUUUCAGGUCUGUUGGGAGUAGAAAAUCAGAGACUGGACUUGAAUAAUGCAAAUAAAGGAUCUGAAGAAGGAAAGCCAAUCAUUAGUUGGCGUGGAGCUGUGAUAGAAGAAGAACAGGCAUCUGAUACUGACACCAAAGACACAGAAAUCCAAGAUGACCCAGCUUCAUUAGCACAUGCUGAGAGCAGGCUGGAGGCUGUGAGAGAAGCUUUUAGACAUGCCUGGAAGGGUUACAAGAACUUUGCUUGGGGUCACGAUGAGCUAAAACCGAUCUCUAAAUCACAUGGAGAGUGGUUUGGACUUGGGCUGACCCUAAUUGAUGCUCUGGACACCAUGUGGAUCUUGGGUCUCAAAGAGGAGUUUGCAGAGGCCAGGGAGUGGGUGGCCAGAGCGCUCUCCUUUGAUAAGAACGUGGAUGUUAAUCUGUUCGAGAGCACCAUUCGUAUACUGGGUGGCCUUCUUAGUACUUACCAUCUGACCGGAGACUCCUUGUUCCUGGAGAAAGCUAAAGAUAUUGGCUCCAGACUGAUGCCUGCCUUCAACACUGCUUCAAAAAUCCCCUAUUCGGAUGUGAAUAUUGGGAAGGGGACGGCUCAUCCUCCGCAGUGGACUUCAGACAGUACUGUAGCUGAGGUCACUAGCAUUCAGCUAGAAUUCAGAGAGCUCAGUCGACUUACCGGAGACCCCAAAUAUAAGCUGGCUGUAAUGGAGGUGAUGAAGCAGGUGCACAAAUUGGAUGGAAAGCAAGACGGGUUAGUGCCGAUGUUUAUCAAUACCAACAACGGGCUGUUCACCCAUCAGGGCAUUUACACACUGGGUGCCAGGGCUGACAGCUACUAUGAGUACCUGCUGAAGCAGUGGAUACAAGGAGGCAAGGCCGAGAACGAAUUGCUGGAUGACUACCUGCUGGCUGUGGAGGGCGUGAAGAAGAACCUCCUGAAGAAGUCUACUCCUUCCGGCCUUACAUUUGUAGGAGAGCUGUCCCAUGGCUACUUCAGUCCCAAAAUGGACCACUUGGUUUGUUUUCUGCCUGGCACACUUGCGCUGGGGGCACAUUUCGGCCUUCCUGCGGAUCACAUGGAGCUGGCAAAACAGCUGAUGGAGACUUGCUACCAGAUGUACGCCCAGAUGGAGACAGGUCUGAGCCCGGAGAUAGCUCAUUUCAACAUGCAUGAGGGCAGCACACAGGAUGUAGAAGUAAAGAUUGCAGACCGACACAACCUUCUGCGGCCAGAGACUGUAGAGAGCCUCUUCUACAUGUACAGAUUCACUAAGGAUAAGAAGUACCAGCAGUGGGGCUGGGAGAUCCUACAGAACUUCAAUAAGUACACAAGGGUUCCCACCGGAGGUUAUACGUCCAUAAACAAUGUCCGUGACCCAGCCAAUCCCAACCCUCGAGACAAGAUGGAGAGCUUCUUCCUGGGUGAGACACUCAAGUACUUCUACCUGCUGUUUUCCAAUGACCCCAACCUUAUCAGCUUAGACAAGUACAUCUUCAACACUGAGGCCCAUCCUCUGCCCAUAUGGCCACAAUCAGAGUAAAGGACCCACAAGCACACGUGCAUAACCAAACACACCUCUCUCAGGGCCAUGAACACAUUUGAUAUCCAAACUGCCAUCUUUUUCUACACUAGGAACUAAAAAAAAAAAUGAAAACAGCCAUGACAGCAACUAGUAAUAGUACUAGUAAGAGUUUGUGAAUUUUUUACUCUAUUUAUGCUAUUGUUAUGCUGUCGAUCAGCUAGGUUGCUAAAAUUAUCCCAUUCAAUCAGUAUGUGCAGUCUUCUCAGCCCAAGCACACGGACAAAAAUGUUCAUACUGUGAAACCUUAUGGGGACUGCAAGCACUUUAUGGUGUGUUUUCUUAUAAUGAAAGAAUUACUGUUGUUUGUGUUGUGGGGAUUUAGGGAGUCUCACCAUCAUCUGAUGGUCUAUUUAGCUUUGUAAAAAAAAAAAUCUUUACAUCAUAAGUUUUAUUUGUUUUCCAAAGCUUAUAUCACCUAUACGAACAUUUGAAACAUUCAGUAUAGUUAUCAGACAGCAUUGUAUGAUUUUAUCUUAUCUCGUGAUCAAGUAAAUGCAAGGGCCAAUGUUUGUGUUUUUAUUAAUUAUUUCAAAUAUUUCUUUUAUUUUGAGUUUAUAACCCCAACCUUGCUGUAAAAUGUCAUUCCUGUGAAUAGGAGAAAUUUACUUUUUUUGAGCUUGGUGUUAGUUAGAGGGUUUAUUUUUUUAUAAAAUGUGUUCUUUUGACGUUAAAACUCACUAGCAGGUGGACCAUUAUAAUUAUUAUUUAGUUGCUGGUUGUUGUUUUUUUUGUUUUUGUUUUUUUUAAUCAAUUUGGUCCCACUUGUUGUGAUUGCAGUCAAAAUUAUGUAUUUUAAUACAACGAUAAGAUAAGCACAAUGUUUUUAAGGGUUUAUAUUAUAGCAGUUUUCACUCUUUCAGGGGACCUACAUCAGAUGUGAUUGUGUCAGUAGUAUUUUUCUGUGUACGAUGAAGAACUUCAUGGUAUUGGUAGAUUUUGUAAAAUAUGAAAAAUUGGAUUUUGUUUUCUUGGGGUGGUUUUCUUAGAACUUUAAAAUUCUUGAAAUUUCCAAGUGUUUUCUUGCAGGAAGAAAAGUUGAGCUUUGCUAUUCAUUUUUCACUACUUACUACCCAUCAGUUAGUGGGCCUGAGCUUAAAUCAAAUACUUUUUUAACCAUUAGAGAAUAUUCUUGCUGUUUACACAGAUUACAGAUGUACUAUGUGCAUUGUAUUUGAAAAGCUUGGUUGUACAUUACAUCUCACUGUGCAGAAUCUUAUAUGAAUAUCCAUUUUUUUAGGUAGUAUAUACAUUAAAGCCACAGUAGAUGUUCAUUAAGGGCUGAGCAUUAACCGGUUUCUCGUUUGUCGUGGUGUAGUGAGGUGUUCUGUUCCGCGUGUGCCUUUACAUACAAAGCAAUGACAAAUGUUGUCUAUUUUCAAUCCAGAGAAUCAAGUUUUUAUGAGAAUUCAGUCUAUUUUAAACAUCUCAUUCCUGUUGUGAAGCUAUCUACAAUUUGUUUUAUGUGAAUAAAUACUUUUGUGCUCAUUUAUAAUACAGUGUGGAAGUGUUAAAUCAACUUGCUAUCUGUAUUCUAUUUCUGGUUUUUAUUUUCUCUCAUCGCGUGAGAAACUGAAGACAGCUAAACUCAGUUGAGCUUGUGUAUCUCACAGAUUUAAAAUGAAGGGCUUUUCAUGUCUCGCUCUUAAUUGUUUGUGCAAAUGUCUUGAAAUAUUAGAUCCCUCAUGCAUACUGACAAAUCAACAUAAUUUUGAAUCAUUCAUACACCAAAGAUGAACUUCAAAAAAUAUUGUGAAACAGGAGUGAUGAGACAAGUAAUGUUGUACAGCUGUACAUAUUCCUUGUAAUGAAACAUAAGAGUGAAUUUGUACAUUUUUUUUCUUUCUUUUUAUUGACAUUGACAUUUCUUGAAUGUACCUUUUUAAUGUCCAUUUCUGUGGCAAAAUAAAUGGAUUUAAUCAAUAUUUUACAAUGUUAAUAAUAAAUUGUACAUAAAAUGAA